GAGCCAAAGGCCAACGAGUGGAGAUAUGAACGGCAGCAUCUCUCAGAGAAAUAUGUUUCUAUCUUCCAUUCCUCUCUGCAGUCUGCUCCUCAUCUUCAACCUGGAGCCAAGCAGCACUUACCCCAUCAGCAACGGCCUCACUGACAUCGAUAUGGACAUCCUGAAGGUGCUGCUUCAGAAACUUGAGGAGUCGGCUUCGGAGCAGACUGCGGUGGACGAAGGAGUCUCUGAGGACGGCGGCCGCGCUAACAGGAGGGACACGGAGGACACGUCCAGCGAGCGGCAGCCUCAAACCGACCUGGACGAGGAGCAAAUCAGAGAAUUCCUCUCAGCCAAGAACCUGAAGAGCGUCCGCAACGACUCGUCCAAGAGGUCUUCCGGCUGCUUCGGGCGCCGCAUGGACAGGAUAGGCUCCAUGAGCUCCCUGGGCUGCAACACGAUUGGCAGAUACAAUCCAAAGCAAAGAUGAAGUCUUACCGUUCAACCGAUGCUGCUCCAAAGUCUGUACCAAAACCUGUUUCCUUUUAAAUGUUAUUUAUUGACUAAUAUUUACUGUUCUUUCUCUCGCCAAUAUUUAAAACAUAUUUAUUGAAAAUAGAUGUGAUGUUUCUUCUGUACCGUUGAAUGUCUAAUAAAU